UCAAUCAUUCGAUUGCAGGGGCUCACACUCAGAUAAUAUCAGCUGUAUAAGCGAGGGCUCACACCAGAAAGUCCAAGAACACACUUCUUUCCAACUCUCUUCAAGUGGGUUUUCUCUAAUCUUUGCUAUGGGCUCACACAAGAUAAUAUCAGCUGUAUAAGCGAGGGCUCACACCAGAAAAUCCAAGAACACACUUCUUUCCAACCCUCUUCAAUCAUGAUUCCACAGAUAGCAAUGGCGGUGACAGUUGGUCUUCUGGGCUGGGUAUAUGUGUCUUUAAAGCCUCCCCGCCCAAAAAUAUGUGGUUCCCUGGGUGGUCCUCCUGUUACUUCACCAAGAGUCAAACUCAGUGAUGGGAGGCAUUUGGCCUACAGAGAGUCAGGUGUUUCCAAGGAAGAGGCUAAGUACAAGAUCAUUGUCAUUCAUGGCUUUGAUGAUUCCAAGGGCAUGAGCAUGGCCGUCCCCAAAGAACUUAUAGAGGAGCUACAGAUAUAUUUCCUGUCAUUUGACCGAGCAGGUUAUGGUGAGAGCGAUCCAAAUCCAAAGCGCUCUGUGAAGAGUGAAGCAUUUGAUAUUCAAGAACUAGCUGACAAGUUGCAGAUUGGAUCUAAGUUUUAUGUGAUUGGUGUCUCCAUGGGAGCAUAUCCUAUUUGGAGUUGCCUAAAAUACAUACCACACAGGUUGUCAGGAGCUUCCCUAGUUGUUCCAUUUGUCAACUACUGGUGGCCUUGUUUUCCGGCUAAUGUAUCGAGAGAAGGCUUCAAGAGGCUGCAACCGCAGGACCAGUGGACAUUCCGAAUUGCACAUUAUGCCCCUUGGUUGUUCAACUGGUGGAUGACUCAAAAAUGGUUCCCUACUUUAAGUAUCAUGACAGGGAACAUGGCCAUUUUCUGCCAACAGGAUUUAGAUACCAUUAAGAAGCUCUCGGAAACGCCAAGUGUUGGUCGGGAAAAGGUUCGACAGCAAGGUGAAUAUGAAUCUCUCUUUCGAGACAUAAUGGCUGGUUAUGGCAAAUGGGAAUUUGAUCCGAUGGAUGUAACUAAUCCUUUCCCUAACAAUGAGGGCUCGGUUCACAUUUGGCAAGGCUACGAAGACAGAAUCAUCCCCUUCCAACUAAAUCGUUAUCUUUCAGAAAAGCUUCCCUGGAUUCGAUAUCAUGAGGUUCCAGAUGUUGGACAUUUGUUAGUCUUUAACAGUACUUUAUGUGAAGCCAUCUUUAGGGAACUCUUGCUAGGAUGAGCUCCACCUACAUGUUGUGGCGUCUUUGUUCUAAUAAACUGCUUAAUGUCCUACGAAAAAUGUUGUUUGUAAAAUGCUUUGGCGACUAUAUAGACGAUUAUAUAGCAAAAAUUAUCAGUUAUUUUCUUGUCA